AUGACGAUAUCACAAUACGUGUUCGAGGAGACCUUCAACCUUCGUUUCGCGGUGCCAUUCACGCAGCACAACGCCACCGUAUCAGGCGCGACGCUCGCAGCGUUAUCGCCGGCGCAGGUGGCGCGCAUCAAGCGGCUCAACUCGCUAGACCUUGAGCUGUACGAGUUCGCUAAGAACCUCAUGUUCAAAAGAUUCGAGGCGCUCAAGAAGCGUGACAAUGACUUCGAGUACCGGUGGCGGCACCUAGGCGAGGUGUCCCGCACCGGCGUCACGGAGUUCGACUGGGACAGCAAUCUAGAAGACGCCACCACUGAAAAGUACAGGGGCAAGUAA